GGAAGUGGGGAAAGGAGACUGCGAGCGCCCCUGGGGCCCCGGUUCCCGAUCAAAGGAUGGGUAAGAUGGUCUGUGGAGGCUGCACUUACAGCCGCCGCUGCUGCCGCCGCCUCCGCUGCUGCCGCCGCCGCCUGGAGACGCCCCAUCCAUCCGCCUGCAGCCGGGAGACUCGCAGCCUGGGAGGGGCCUAGGGCCUGGGCCGCCCGCCUCCUCGGAAUCGUCGCCCGAGCUUCCUCCAGCUCCACCAACCCUCUACCCUCCCCUCCGCCUCCGCCCUCCUCCUCCACCUCGAGCGGCCAGCCAACCGCGCGGCCGCUUCUUGAGCCAGGCUCCGCGGUCGCCAUGGCGCCCGGCAAACAUUCCUGAGCUGCUGAGCAGGCAGUUGGAGUCCGGGCAUCGCAGAACCUGCUGGGGAAGGGGGCGCCGAGCCCUGGUCUAAAAAGUCACCACCAUGCAUAGCUCUCCGACGAGCACCCGCAAGCAGGCCAGCUUCGCCACGAGUGCCAGUGCACAACCAAGGAAGUCCAUCAGCUUUAUUAACCCAUCAAAAUCAAGUGCAGGGAAAGGAUAUGCUGCCUCAAACCCAAACAAAAUGGCCGUAUCAAGAACUAUGGGUUUUUUAUCUGACAUGAAGCCGGCAGAAAAACUAAACGUUCCUAGCACUAAAACAGUACAGGUGCUUGAUCCAAAAGGAGUUGAUGUUACACCCCGACCUCUCUACCAUCCAGAUCCACAUGCUGCAUCAGCAAAGCCAAACAAACUCUUGACAUCACAAGAAGGAUCGCUUGGAUCAGAUUAUAUUUCUUCCUAUAGCCUCUAUCAGAACACACUAAACCCUAGCAUGUUAGGGCAGUACACAAGGUCAGUCCUGGGGAGCAGUUCAGUGUCGAAGUCGAGUAUCUCAACAACUGAAUCAAUAUCAGAGGACCUUGAAGAUUCAUCUUACAAGAGGGAUAGAUUGGCUAGUUUUACAGAUGUACGAGUCCUGAGGUCCACAGCUGAGUCAGCCAUAUCAAAGGAAGAGCUGGAGAAGACUAUAGAAAUCAUCCUCACUGAGACAGAAACACUGAGAUUUUUUGACCUGCCAACAGUCAUGUUCUCAACAGAAUCUGAAGAAGCUGAGAAAAUAAUAGAGAAAAAUAAGAAUUAUGAAACCCUUUGUAGAAAUAGAUUAGGCAAUGACUUAUAUGUAGAAAGAAUGAUGCAGACAUUUAAUGGAGCACCAAAGAAUAAAGAGGUUCAGUGUGAAAAAAUCAUACUGGAAGAAAAAGGUGUAGUGGCCACUACCUGGGAUUUGUAUGAUUCUUACAACAUUCCAGAAACUUUGCUAACUGCAAAACGAUCUGGAUAUUCAAGUAAAGCAAGUUUGCCUGCUAAAGACCGGGACCCAAAAAUACAAGACAGUGAAAGUAGUUCUCUAAUGGACAUAGAAAAUGUAAUUCUGGCUAAAGUUCAAGAGGAUGAAGAAGACAACUCCGAGGCAAUAUUAAAGUCUGAUAGGCUUCAUCAAGACUUAUUUUACAUGGAAAGGGUUUUAAUGGAAAAUGUGUUUCAGCCGAAGCUUGCAGCCUACCGUCAACUCCCUGUUUAUAAAGAACACGAACCUGGAGAGCCUGAAGAAACUUUGCAAGUGGAAAAUCUUAAGGUAGCAGAGGACGAGCCGAAGAAGGAGGAUGAAGAAGAUUUGGAAAUGGAACUAGAGAUAGAGAUAGCUACGGAACAGUCGACAAUACCGGCUAAUUUGGAACGGCUCUGGUCUUUCUCCUGUGACUUAACUAAAGGCCUCAAUGUGAGCAGCCUUUCCUGGAAUAAAGCAAACCCAGACCUUUUGGCUGUUGGCUAUGGAAACUUUGGAUUUAGAGAACAAAAAAAAGGAAUGGCCUGCUGCUGGUCAAUAAAGAACCCCAUGUGGCCAGAGCGUAUUUAUCAGAGUUCAUAUGGAGUUACUUCUGUGGACUUUUCAAACAGCUCACCUAAUCUGCUAGCAGUUGGCUACCACAAUGGCACCGUUGCAAUUUAUAAUGUGCAGAACAGCCACAACAUUCCAGUUCUGGACAGUAGUGAAUCACCUCAAAAACAUUUGGGACCUGUUUGGCAAGUGCAAUGGAUAGAGCAAGACAGAGGAACUACUGGAGAUGACAAGAGAGAAAUCUUGGUGUCCAUAUCAGCCGAUGGAAGGAUCUCCAAGUGGGUCAUCCGCAAAGGACUGGAUUGUCAUGAUUUGAUGCGACUGAAGCGAACCACUGCUAUAGGCGGCAAGAAGGGAGGGGAAAAGGAGAAGAAGGGCGAGGCCUUGAUAUCCCGACAGGCUCCGGGGAUGUGCUUUGCUUUUCACCCCAAGGACACGAAUAUCUAUCUGGCUGGUACAGAAGAAGGCCUUAUUCACAAGUGUUCUUGUUCAUACAAUGAGCAAUACCUAGAGACCUAUAGAGGACAUAAGGGUCCAGUGUAUAAAGUCAUAUGGAACCCAUUCUGUCCCGAUGUCUUCUUGAGCUGUUCUGCAGAUUGGGGUGUUAUGAUCUGGCACCAGGAUACCGUCAAGCCUUUUUUGAGUUUUUACCCAACAACUUACGUUGUUUAUGAUGUUUCCUGGUCCCCCAAAUCCGCAUAUAUUUUUGCCACUGCAAAUGAGAAUAGAGUUGAGAUUUGGGACCUUCAGAUCAGCACUUUGGACCCUCUGAUCGUGAAUGUUGCUAACCCUGGAAUCAAGUUUACAACCGUUCUGUUUGCCAAAGAGACAGAUUGCCUUCUAGUGGGAGACAGUGAUGGCCAGGUUGCAGUCUACGAGCUGAGAAAUAUGCCUACUGCUUCUGACAGUAGCCGGGGAGAUGUAAUCAACAUUCUGCUUGGGCCCAAGACAAACCAGACAGGAUGAUCUGUCGCUCUCGUUACACUUUGUUCUUCUCUAACAGAAAGGGAACAACAUCAUCUGCUGUAAGCUUAAGAGUCUGACUUUAAGAGAGCACUAUGUAGUCUACAACUUCCAUUCCAAUUAACUUAGCUUUUAUUUCAGAAACAAGGUAUUAGUUUGUAAUUUAAGAUAAACUAAAGAUUUGUGCUGGGAUUGUCUUAAUUUUCUAAAGAUAUUUCUGCUCCACUUCUUGAUCAUAUUUAAAAUACCUAUUAGUGAGUAUGUAUACCUAUAAAAUAUCCCAAUAGCUUAGAAAAUGGCUUCUUAAAAAGUUCAGACAUUUUGAGGAUUACUUAAGACACAGUCAUUAGAAGACACAAUUCCAACAAUGUCAAACUAACUUCCCAAGCUUGGCUCUGGGGGCUUCCAACUGCACUGCCACCUCGGGGAGAACAGUGAGCACUCACACGGGACUCGGAACAUCAGUGCUCCCCACUUAAACCUGAGCCUGAAACUACAGAACUUUGUCCCACCGAUUGGCAAGCUACAGGACAGAACAACAGAUACAAGCAUCACAUAUGCUGGCUAGCCAGCAUCCUACUUAUCUGACAGGAGGGGAACAAUAAUCUGAAAUGCAUUGCUAGCUUCCUCUCAAAGGGCCAGAGUCAUCUGCAGAGUCAAAUGCAUUGAGGCCAGACUUAAAUUGUCUUAGAAAGAAAACAGAAGGUCUUAGACAUACAGACCAGGUCAGGGUGUUUUCUAAAGUAGUCUAGACAGAGACUGGGCAGUAAGGGUGGGUAUACACCCACACCCACAUCCCCCCCCACACACACACACCCACACAGACUUGGAAAGGGUUAUCCAUGUGGGUCACCCUAACAAGUGUUCAGGUGUUGAAUGGGGCCAUAGGGCGUGACAGCCUUUUCUGUAAGGUGUUUUGAGUGGAGGAAAGAAGCCAGGGUGUGUAAAUUUCACAAAAAAUUUGGAGAUCUUUUGUGUCUAUGGUGGUGAUAAGAGUCCACAGGGCAGUGAGAACUACCUACUACGCACAGCCAUUGCUUCAUGGUCUCCAUUUCUUUGGAGCUAUGUGUUAGACAAAAGCAAGGCAAUUUUAGCUGGCUCUUGGGUUUAGGCCAGGUCAUAAAGAUUAGAUAUUUUCUGCUGGCGUAAGUCACUGUAGUUGGCUUUCUAAAAAAUAUUA